GGAUCAGGUGGACUGUUUGCUGGUGGGUCCAGGGGACCGGCUGCGGUUUCUUGCCGGCGCUGGGCAGCGCCGGCGAAUAUGGAGUCGACGAAGGUUGGUGGAGCGGAGAGGAGGAGGAAGGGGAUGGAGUGGACAUUUGGCGGUGGGUGGAAGGGGAAGCGGAGUUAGGGUUAGGGUUUAUGGCGGAAUUUGGCAGUGGAGAAUUAUGGUGGUGGUGGUGGCGCCUUGCGGCGGAGGAUGGUGGUGGUGGUGAUUGUGGAUGAGGGGUUAGGCAAAGGCUGUGGAUCUCAGCUAAGUGGGCUUUCAUUAUGGGCCUGUUAAGUAUAGCCCAGUCAGAACUUACAAGCUCAUCCAUUUUGCAGGCCCAGGUCUGAUUUCAUUCAUCUCCAGUUUGCGCCAUUGCUAUCAGGAUCGUAAAUGACAGCGAGAGCUAUGAUGAACCUCCGGAGCAUUCUAAUUGGCUCCGCCGUCUUCCGGCUGGUUCUGAUUCUGUACGGGGAAUGGCAGGACGCCCACAUGGAAGUUCGCUAUACCGACGUCGAUUACCUCGUCUUCUCCGAUGCAGCUUCGUUAAUGGCUUCUGGGUCUUCUCCGUACAAGAGAACAACUUACCGCUACUCCCCUUUGCUCGCUUUUCUUCUGAUUCCCAACUCUUUUCUGCACCGCGCAUGGGGGAAAUUCAUCUUCUCUGCUUCAGAUCUUCUAGUUGGCUACUUCAUAUACAAAAUUUUGAAGCAACGUAAAGUGGCUGAGGAUCUAUGCUUAUACUCAGUAAUGGUAUGGCUCCUCAAUCCAUUUACCUUCACCAUUGGAACCCGUGGCAACUGUGAGCCCAUUGUUUGUGCCAUGAUUUUGUGGAUCCUUAUCUGUCUAUUGAAUGGUCAAAUAAUCCAAGCAGCAGUUUGGUAUGGACUUGUAGUUCAUUUCAGAAUCUAUCCCAUAAUCUAUGCCCUGCCAAUCAUUGUGGUUCUUGAUCCACGUUACGUCCAACUUGGAAAGAAGCCACUCCUUGUGAACUGGAAAUCAAACACCCAAAAGCCAUCAUCUCAAAGCAGUGAGGAAGCAUCUACCCGAUACAACCUAUGGACAGCAGCAAAAUCCAUGUUUUCCAAAGAGCGAAUACUGUUCGGUCUAGUUUCCGGAGGCACAUUCUUCCUAUGCACCGGCCUUUUCUUUCAUCUAUACAAAUGGGAAUUCUUGCAUGAAGCACUGUUGUACCACCUCACUCGUGCAGAUCCGAGACACAACUUCUCCAUCUACUUCUACCACAUCUAUCUCCAGUAUGGCCACCAGCUUUCCCUGGUGGAAAAGCUCAUCUCUUUCUUGCCUCAGUCGAUUGUGCAACUAGUUCUCGUAUCAAGCUUUGCCCAAGACCUCCCGUUCUGCUUCUUCCUGCAGACGGUGGCCUUUGUCGCGUUCAACAAGGUAAUCACGGCGCAGUAUUUCGUCUGGUUCUUUUGCCUGCUGCCUUUAAUCUUGCCGUGGAGCGACAUGAAGCUGAGAUGGGAAGGGUUGAGCUGUGUCGGGUUGUGGAUGGGAGCUCAAUUGCACUGGCUGUUGUGGGGUUACUUGCUCGAGUUCAGAGGCCAGAACGUAUUUCUUCAGCUCUGGAUGGCGAGCUUGGUUUUCCUUUUGGCGAAUGCUGCUGUUAUGGCUGUGUUCAUUCGACGACAGAGGUGUUCUCCGAUCUUCUUACAGAUGAAGGUAACAGAUGCAAAGGGUGGAGUCAAGUCUGAAUGAACAGAAAGAGACUAUGGUUUGUACUUUGUAAUGGUCAUGUAUUGCCUUGCAUUAUUUCCACUCUCAAAGUUAUUAACUUUGGGCCGUUUGGCCAACGUGUAAACCAGCAUUUUCACUCUACCAGAUGUCUUCUUCCUGUUCAAUCCACAUCAUCAGUUACUUCCAUAAUUCUCCAAUUAAGAGACUACGAGGCUGCUGAUGU